GGAGGGGCCGGUGCUCCGCGGAGCUGCUGUUGCCUGGCGACGGGAGAGCGAGCGCGGCCUACUUCGUUCUGAAGCCUCGGGGCGCGUUGCAGGUCACUUAAUCUGAGACUUGCUUGACAUUUGAUGAUGGGAGAUGUCCUUGCUUAUGAAGCAGAUCUACUUGGAAUGGUGAAGGAGUAUUUGGAUUUUGCAGAAUUUGAAGAUACUGUGAAAACAUUCACAAAGGAAUGCAAAAUAAAAGGAAAGCCGUUACCUAAAACGGGAGGUAGUUUUGUGAAGGACUCCAAGGCUCUAAUAAUUCAGGAUCUUCUAAUGUCCUUUACCGAUGGAGACCAGGAUGUCUUCUUUGAACUCUGGGAGGAGCAUAUUCCAUCCUCAAUCCGAGACAAUGAGGCCGUCGCCCAGAAAUUGGAGUUCUACCUUCACAUCCAUUUUGCCAUCUUCCUCUUAAAGCACACAGUGGGAAAGCCUAACAAAGCAACUUUGAAUGAAAGGAUUUUAUGUUUUAAAACUUACCUGGAGACGAAAGGGGCAGCUCUGAGCCAGACUACAGAAUUCCUUCCGUUUUAUGCCUUGCCUUUUGUUCCCAACCCUGUGAUUCACCCAUCCUUCAAGGAACUUUUCCAGGAUUCUUGGGAGUCAGAUCUAAAAUUGAGGCUGGAAGAAUUCCUCUCUGCAACUCUAAAAGCCAGUAAUACCCCAAGACUUCUGACAUUAUAUAAGGAGAACACACAGUGCAGCCAAGAAAUGUUGCAGCAGCUUCAUCAGCAGCUGGUGGAGUCUGAACGCAAAACCAUGACCUACCUCAAGCGGUUCAACAAAAUCCAAGCGGACUAUCAUAACCUCAUUGGGGUCACGGCUGAGCUUGUGGAUUCCCUCGAGGCCACGGUUAAUGGCAAAAUGAUCACCCCAGAAGAUCUGCAGAGUGUCUGUGUUCGUUUGUUUAGUAACCAGAUGAGGCAGAGUGUAGUUCAUAGCAUAGACUUCACAAGACCUGGAACUGCCUCAACUAUGUUAAGAGCAUCGUUAGCCCCCGUGAAAAUUCAGGAAGUGCCGCUGCUGCCGUCUUUGGAUUACGAGAAGCUAAAGAAAGAUCUCGUUGAUGGAAGCGACCGCCAGAAAGCCUUCUUACUGCAGGCCUUGCGCUGGCGCUUAACAACUUCCCAUCCUGGAGAGCAGAGGGACACUGUUCUGCAGGCCUAUAUCAACAAUGACCUUUUGGACUGCUACAGCAACGUUCAGAGAAGUGUGUUAAUGCUGAUACAGUCAAAGAGUGAGGUGGUUCGUCAAUACACUGCCAGGCUUAUCAAUGCAUUCGCCUCCCUGGCUGAAGGUCGACUCUACCUUUCCCAGAAUCCCCGGUUGCUCCACAUGCUGGAAGAAAGGUUGAAAGCCGAAGACAAGUAUUCCCUUACCCGAGAGAACGUCCUGGGAGCUUUGCAGAAACUCAGCCUCAGGCGGGCUUUGCAGUCGGCUAUGAUCAAGGACGGGCUCAUACCGUGGCUAGUGGAGGCUCUGAAGGAUACGGACUGCAUGUCGGAUUACACCUUGGCCUACUCGGUUGCCUUGCUCAUGAACCUCUGCCUUCGGAGCUCAGGGAAGAAAAUGUGUGUGAAGAUGGCCAACGAGAUACUCAAGGUCCUCUCGGAUCUCCUCGGCCACGAGAACCACGAGAUACAUCCGUACGUGAAUGGGGCGCUUUACAGCAUCCUUGCUAUUCCAGCCAUACGAGAGGAAGCUCAAGCAAUGGAAAUGGAAGACAUUCUGCGCGGCUACAUCGAGGAAGGAAACGCCGACAUGAUCCAACAGAUUGAGUUUAUUAUCAAGCAGCUUAAAUCAGAAGAUCCAUUGGAUGAUAAUGUUGAGUCUGAUGAUGAGGAGAAGGAAGAUAAUGAUGAAGGGGACCACAACAGCCUGGAAGCCGACCUGGACAAAGACGAAGUGUUGCAGCCUCAGCCGGGGGAACUCUCGGGCGAGAAACUCUUGACCACCGAAUACUUGGGAAUAAUGACCAACACACCGAAAGCAAAGAAGAAGCUGAUUGCCGGCAUUCACCAGAGUGUCGAUGAACCUCUCCAGAGACCUGUGACGCCCGGCUAUCACAGGACUGCCUACCCAACGCCAGAAAAUGAUGCCGUUUCUCCCUGUAGCAGGGAGAGUUGUGUCCAGCGUGGACAGGACUCCCGCCCCCCGACCCGCAGCGGGAAGAGACCCAGCCUUUCGGAGCUCUGCUUCUCUUCGGCAUCGGUUGAAACGGAAGCCUCCGAGCGGUCCUCUGUGCGUCUCGGAACAGGUCGGCGUGUCCCGCCAGCAGCUGAUAUCCUGACUCUCCAGUCCCCCAGAAAUUCCCAGGACAGUCUGAACGAGCUAUCAAACAGUGACUUCCUUUCCGGCUUUGCCAGCAAGCCUAAGCUGCCCUCCUCUCCGGACUUCCAGAAUGUCAGGACUGGAAGGGGAAAGAUCCCAACUAUCGCUCCACAGUUCUCUCAGUCUGGCCCCCAGCAGUCCAGUCGACCCGGCUCUUCGGGAUCAUCAGCAAAGAGCAGGCAGAGCAGCCAGUCUUCCAGGAAGUGAGGACGGAUCCUUUCCUCAGGAAUCACCUGUCCCAGCGCUUCAGGACAGACGCAGCCAGCAUCCUGUAACAGGAAUCAUUGCAUCUCUGGCA